AUUUUAAGAGAUUUAACAUCAUUUUAUUAAUUUUCAAUUAUGUCUAUUUUUUAAAACAAUUCUUUAAAAUGUUAAACGAUUAAAAACGAAAGAAUAACUAACGUUGAUUAGAAUAUGUACAAAGAUAUAAAAAUAUGUAGCACGCGGAUUUUACGUGUCACUCUAUUUGAAGAUUUUUUUUUAUGUAAUUUGUGCAAAAGGGAAUGCUAUGCUCAAAAAAUUGUGGUUAAAAAUUUUUCAAGUUCGUAUUGCAAGUGGUGUCUUUCGAAAAUGACUGACUUUUCUUAUUCUUCUACUUUUAUGAGGGUAAUCAAUAAUGUGUUAACUUUUGUAAAAUGUAUUGCUAGAACCAGUUUUGUGAUAAUUAACAACAUUUAUUGUAUACCAACAUAUGUAGUAUGGAUGACAUUAUUAUUCCCUGUAAAAGUUUAUCAACCACAAGUAUAUUGGAGAAUCGAAGGAUUAUUUUUUCAUUGGCUAUUAGCAAUGGUAUCAAUGUGGACUUGGUCUGCAGGUUAUGAUAUAAUAGAACAAGGUGAUGAUAUACAACAAAUUAUUAGUGAAAGAACAUUAGUAAUAGCAAAUCAUCAAAGUACUGGUGAUGUUCCUAUCCUAAUGACAACAUUUAAUGCUAAACCCAAUGUAUUACCUAAUUUGAUGUGGAUUAUGGAUAGAAUUUUUAAAUUUACUAACUUUGGUAUAGUUUCUGUUUUACAUCAAGACUUCUUUAUAAUAUCUGGUCGUAAAAAAAGAGAAGAAAGUUUAAAACAAUUAGAAAAACAUCUGAAAGAAUCAUAUAUUCCAUUAGACAGAAAGUGGAUGGUGCUUUUUCCAGAAGGAGGUUUCUUAUGUAAAAGACGAGAGACAUCACAAAAAUAUGCUAAAAAAAAUAAUUUACCAAUUCUUGAAAAUGUAACAUUACCACGUGUAGGAGCAAUGCAAACUAUAUUUGAUACAAUUGGUCCAUCACAGAAAUAUGAUACAACAGAACAACAAUUGAAUAAUAGACCAAAUAUGAUGGUAGCUAAACCAGAAAUCAAUUGGAUUCUUGAUAUAACAAUAGCAUAUCCUCAAGGUAAACCUCUUGAUUUACCAACAAUUAUAACUGGUUCACGUCCACCAUGUGAAACAGUAUUAUUUUACCGAGUUUUUCCUAGUUCAGUGGUUCCACGGGAACCAGAAUUAUUAUCUAAAUGGUUAUAUAAUAGAUGGGUCGAAAAAGAAGCACUUUUGGAAAAUUUUUACAAAUAUGGAACAUUUCUUGGCACAAAAGCACCUGCCAACGAAGGUUCUAAGAUCCAUCAGGAUCCUUUGAGAUUCCUAGUCCUUCAUUUAUUUUUUAUAACAUCUAGUUAUAUACAUUACAAUAUGUUUGCGUAUGUAUUAUCUUGCUUCUGGUAAAGCAUUUUAUGCUAAACAAGAAAUUACGUUCAAACAUAAGUAAAAUUAUAAUGUAGUAAAGUAAAAAUAUUCCUGCCUCAAAUAUUAUUCUUGAUGUUGACUAACAAAACUAACGAACGUAUGGAUUGUAACAUAAUGAUUGUAUGAAUGUUUAUAAUCCAAGAAUGUCACGAAAAGUGAAUUGCAAGUAUUAAUUUCAUUACUCUACAUUUAUUUAUCAUCAUUUGCCUAUUUUAUUGAUGAUAUAUAUAUGUGUAUAUAUAUAUAUAUAUAUAUAUAUAUAUAUACGCACAUAUAUAUAAUUUCAAGCAUUUUUUUACAUUAUAAUAAGUCUUUAUAUAAUAUAAUAUUGGGAUAUUUCCCUAAAAAAAUUAAUUCGAGAAAAUUGUUUAUUUCUAUUUUUCUAUAAUUACAUUUCAUAUAUAAUUAUAGAUAAAUAUUUAUAUAAAUAUUUGUUUUUGGUACAAGAAAUUUGUAAUACAUUUCUUAAUCAAUAAGUUAAUUUCCUUUUUAUUUUAUUUGGAUAACUAUUGAUGUAAAAUAAUUUCAAUCAAUUCUAUCAUAUCUUUAUGCUUAAAUUUCUGAAAAUAUAUAGAAUUUUAUAAUAUUUUGAAUGAAAUAUUAUAUUUUAAAAAUUAUUCAAGCUUUUCAUAAAAAAUUCUCUAUAAAAAUAUACUUGAAUAUUAUAUUAUCUAUAAAAAAAAUUAUUUAAUGUUUAUUGAUUGGAUUAGAAUAUCUAAUGCUACCAAUUACAUGACAUUUUAAACAUUUUUCAUUAAAUAUAUUUUUUAUUUUUUCAUUUAUUACAAAAUGUAAAAAUAUAAAUAUCUAAAUAUAAAUAAUUAUAUUUAUAUCUAAAUAUAGAUAUAUUUAUAAUUAAAUAUAAUUAUCUGUCUGGAGGACUUGGCAGCAUUUCAGGCGAUAUUCAUAGUAAUCCUACACGUGUGUUUUGUAAUACGAUAUCUUAAGUAAUAUUUUGAAAUGGAAUUGUAAAAUGUAAUAGUAAAUUGUUAUUGCUGUUUAAAGACAGUGAUAGUGAAUACUAUUUCAAAGAAUAUCUAUUUAUUUGUGAUAUAUGAUAAAAAAAAGUAUUUUUCAAUGCGAAAAGUCAAUCAUAUAAACAUAAUUUUUUAAAUUACAUAGAAAAUUUAUAUAAGUUCAUAAUUCUAUAAAAAAAAGUAGAUGUGAAAUUUGACGUGAAUUGUUUCGAAACUGGCAGAAAUAAAGAUGAUAUCUUCUAAACUCUGUCAAAAUAACUAAGAUGUGUAUUUUAUUGUUAAACUUCAACUAUUAAUAACAUUGUUCAGUAAAAGAAGACGAUAUGUCAUCUGUGCCUUGUUCCUGCGGACAAAUCUCAAUAUUGUACAUAUGUAUAUGUAAAUCUCAUGCAUAAUUUUCAUAGUCAAAUCAAUGCCUACAAUUAGUUUUUAAGAUAUUCAUCAUUUUACAAAAAGAAAAAUAAAGCAUAUAUGACAUAUAUUAUAAUUGCAUGUAUGUAGAUGUAAUAGAAUUACUAAAGACACGUGUCCUUAAUGCUGCCUAAUUGGUUAUUAUAAAGUAAAAUAUAUAGCCCAAAUUCAAGCAAUGUUUAGAUUCUAUUAAUGGAUCAGAAAAAUAAUUAGCAUGAAAUGGACAUCCAUUUUUGUGAAAUAAUUGUAGUAAUUAAAUUUUUAUUGUGAUUCUUAUCAAUAAGAAAGGUUUCAAAAAAUAUAUAAAUUAUCAUUAUGAA